AAUUCGUAUCUCAUUAAGACUUUUUUUAUUUAAAAUUAUUCAUUUGCUACUGGAAGUAGUCAAAUGCAACAAAAAUGACCAAUGUCAAGGAAAUCGGUAAAGUACGCGAUAUGCAGCGAUAGGAAACCGUUCAACUGCCUGUGACAGGUACAGAGGUGCCGUAGAUUAUCGUUGGAUAUUAUCAGAGAGUGCUGCUUUUAUCGGGCUUUUCUCGGUCCGACACGUCGAUAAGAUAAAUUUAGUCGCUCAAGAUGUGUCUUUUGACGUGCAGGUGAGAGCAAAAGGCAGUUAAACGCGUAAACUAAAAUAGGGAGAUCGUUACAAGGUAACCGGCAACGGGCAACAUGCAGGCGGACGACAAGUGCACUCCACAGCCGGAACAGCGGAGCAUUUCAACGCCAAACAGAUCGCAACAGAGCGUGCCGGACGGAUGGCCGUUCAGGAAGGCAAACAGGGACCUGUUCGAUAUCCAAAAAGCAAUAAAACUCGAUGUGGAUUCGUUCGCCGAAGAAUACAAUAUGAAGCGUAAGAGAAGAGGAGUAGCGCUUAUACUAAACCAUGUUCGUUUUGAGAGCAUGCCCACAAGAAAUGGUUCUGUAAAGGACGCUACGGACCUCCAGGCGUCAUUAAGCAGGCUCGGGUUCAACGUUCGAAUUUACACCGACCCGACGGUCAAAACCAUAACCACGGUCUUACAGUCGACCUCUGCGGAAGACCACACGGAUGCCGACUGCCUGAUCGUGGUCGCAAUGUCACACGGCGAAUCGGGUCUAUUGCAUUCGACCGACAGCCUGUAUCCAGUCGAUAUGCUGUGGAGUCCCUUCACGGGCGAUCGAUGCUCCAGCCUGGCCGGGAAACCAAAGCUGUUCUUCAUUCAGGCAUGCCGCGGGGUGCAACUGGACAAAGGGGUGAAAAUUAUGCAUGAGACAGAUAGUAAGAGGAAUACUACAUAUAGUAUACCCGCCUACGCGGAUAUCAUGGUCGCGUACUCUACUUUUGACGGUUUUUACUCGUGGCGCAAUCCAGACUCGGGCUCCUGGUUUAUACAGGCACUCUGCGAGGAGCUGGAUCUUCACGGGCGCAGCCGCGAUCUACUCACUCUAAUGACCUUCGUUAACCGCCGUGUCGCCAUCGAGUAUCAAUCCUAUGUGCCGGAGAACGAGAAAUUCCACGCGAAAAAGCAGAUCCCGUCGAUUGUCUCGAUGUUGACCCGCCUCGUGUACUUCCCCGACAAGCACACAUCGGCACUGGACGACAUCAACGACGGAUCGAAGGAAAAGGAAUCCAAAGUCCGCGAAAAAGUAACGUAAGAGUGGCAAAACACUCGUUCUUGAACGAACUUACGAUGAUAGAUUCUCCAACAAAAACCGACAGAUUGAUUCGUUGGUUGAGUCGAGUUGUUUUGAUGCAUCGACCUUUUGAGCAGUGAUUAUUGAUCGGCGAGCGGUUCAUCGAACACGCUUAGAUUGUUACGAUUGAGUUUCGCUGUCGCAUAUAGAAUUUAAAAAUGUAGUAUGCAAAAGAAAGAAACAAAAAAUGCAUUAUUUAUAUUUAGAAUAUAAAAAUUAUCUGACCGUUUGUUACUUUAUUGAAAAAAGGAAAUUAUAAAUAUUCUUAAAUAUUUUAGAUAUCUAUAUCGUAAUUAAAAAUUUCAUUUUCUGUACAUACGAUGGAAUAAUUGAGAUUUUGCUUUAUUUUUUCUGAAAAACUAAAAAGAUUGUAUUAUUAAAUUAAUGUGUAAUUAGCGUGUUAUUAUAAUAUUUAUAUACAAAUUUUGUGAUUAAACAACUAUACAAAUACCUUCUAGAUAUUAAAAUAUAUUUAAGAAUUAUUUAAAAAAUUUUUUAUACUUGUAAUAAAAAUUAACUAAGUAAGUAUCUCCUAAGGGAUGCAGACAAAGUGCCGAAAAAUAACGUGUGUACAGAGGCUAAAUGAAAUAUUUUCAUUGAGAUUAUUUUAUAUACAUAUAUUGUAAUAUAUCGAGAUCAAUUUUGCUCAUAUGUAAUUACUAAUCAUUUUUAAAUUGAAUUUUAAGUUUAUGUUUAGUUUCUUUCUUAUUUACAAUUUAUUUUUGAUUUGGGCUUUUUAAUAUUUAUAAACAUAUAAUAAGAUCAAAUGUCGGACUAUUUUAUAUAUUUACAAAUAUAAUAGAUAUAUUUUAUUUUUUGUGAAUAAUCGAAAUAAAGAUUUUUUCUCACUUAAUUUAUUUCAAUAUUCUCAUAAAUAGUUCUUACAAAAUAAAAUUUAUGAAGUAAAUCUUAUUUGGUACUUUAUAUUAUAAUUGUCAUUUUUUAUCAAACUAUAACGUAAAAA